AGAUAAUCUACAGCAAUGCGUGUUCUUUUGGUCCUUGGUUUGGCUGUUGCAGCUGUUUACGCAGCUGAAAUCAGUCCUAGCACGACUCCUUUUCCGGUGACUCGUGCUUCAGCGUUUGCAUCAACAAACACUUACAAUCCCUACCAAGCGACCCGCCAGUACUUUAACCGCAACGAUCCCAGCCGUUAUAACCCUGGUCGUUACGACCCUGGUCGCUACGACCCCGGUCGUUACGACCCUGGCCGUUACAACCCUGGCAAAUACGACAGCUCAGGCCGUUAUAUCCCUGACAACUCUGGUGCUUACAAUGGAGACCGUGGUGACCGCGGUGGUGCUGGUGGUUUCUACUCUGGCUCCUCUGACAAAGGAGGUCCCGGAGGUCCUGGUGGAUUCUACUCUGGUUCCUCUGACAAGGGAGGUCCUGGCGGCGCCUAUGUCGGUAACAAGGACAACGCAGGCAAUGGAGGAGACACCGGCAGACUUGCUCCCGUAACUGUCGUAGUUGAAGAAGAGAAGAAGUUCCCUGAAGUAGUGGUCUCAUCUACUGCCAGUGUCUCUAAAUCUCCUGUUUUCGUGAGCACUCCUGUCUACGUUAAGCCGACUCCAAGUUAUGUUCAGGUCCCAGUAGCCAAGGUUGUCCCUGGAAACUAUGAAUACAAAUACGGAAUUAUACGUCAAGAAAGCGACGUUCUUCCCGAUGGCUAUCACUACCUGUACGAAACUGAGAACAAAAUCCUCGCUGAAGAGUCUGGUAAUAUUGAAAAAAUUGACAAUGAAACCGAUGGCAUGAGAGUCAAGGGAUUCUUUGAGUUUGUUGCCCCCGAUGGUAAAACAUACAGAGUUGAUUACACCGCCGACGAAAGAGGCUUCAUACCCAGCGGUGCUCACUUACCUUAAAACUAGUCUGUAGAAUAUUUACAAUUGUUAAAACUACUAAGUAGUUGAUGUUUUUCGAAUAAAAAUAAAAUUAAAUACGGAAA